AUGUCUAAUUAUGUUGGUUCCGGAAGUAGUGGAAAGAGAACAAGGUCUGAAGAUGGAGGCUCCACACCAACCACGCCCACAAGCGGAGAUGUUCGGGAUGAUCACUCGCCUUGUCCAGAUGGCAACAAGAAAGUUAAGGCUAGACUCAAGGGUAAGAGCCAAACCAGUGAAGCUAUUGAAGCUUUUUCAUCAAAAUCCAGUUUCUCAAGUAGGUUGUUUCGACGUAGAUUUCGUAUGCAAAAGCAUGUUUUUGAGCGUAUCAUCAAUGAAGUUAUGAGGAACGACAAGUUCGAUCAAAAGAGGGAUUGCACCGGUCGUUUUGGCUUGUCGCCGCUGCAAAAGUGUACUGCAGCAAUACGACAAUUAGCUUAUGGGUGUGCUUUUGACGCUUGCAAUGAGUACAUACGUAUUAGUGAUAGUACGACAAGAUUGACAGUUCAGAGAUUCAUUGAUGGCGUCAACCAAUUUAGUAAUGUAUACUUAAGACAACCGAAUGAAACCGAUCUGAGGAGGCUGUUACGAAUUGGAGAAAAACGUGGAUUUCCUGGCAUGAUUGGUAGCAUCGAUUGUAUGCAUUGGGAGUGGAAGAAUUGUCCAACAACAUGGAGAGGGCAAUAUCAAGGAAGGGCAGGGGUAGCUACACUUGUGCUUGAAGCUUGUAGCUGA